ACAGUUACAGACACGGCCCCUGCUGGCGCAGCCUCUCUGACUCCCUCUCCCUCUCCGCGGCCGGCGCUGGGCUCUCUCAGACAAGUGCAUCUCCGAACCAGGUCACAUUUCAGCCGCGACCCACUCUCCGCCAGUCGCCGGAGUCACGCCGCAGGCGGAGGGCUGGGGAGGACGAGCGGCCGCGCCGCGGGAGGCCGGGCGCUAAGAUACCGCCGAAGUCAAGACCCCCGCGGCGAACCCAGACCGCGAUGCGCGCCCCGGGCUGCGGGCGGCUGGUGCUGCCGCUGCUGCUCCUGGCCGCGGCCGCCCUGGCCGAAGGCGAUGCCAAGGGUCCCAAGGAGGGCGAGACCCCCGGCAAUUUCAUGGAGGACGAGCAAUGGCUGUCGUCCAUCUCGCAGUACAGCGGCAAGAUCAAGCACUGGAACCGCUUCCGAGACGAGGUAGAGGAUGACUACAUCAAGAGCUGGGAGGACAAUCAGCAAGGAGAUGAAGCCCUGGACACCACCAAGGACCCCUGCCAGAAGGUGAAGUGCAGUCGCCACAAGGUGUGCAUCGCCCAGGGCUACCAGCGGGCCAUGUGCAUCAGCCGCAAGAAGCUGGAGCACAGGAUCAAGCAGCCUGCCAUGAAACUCCAUGGAAACAAAGACUCCAUCUGCAAGCCCUGCCACAUGGCCCAGCUCGCCUCCGUCUGCGGCUCUGACGGCCACACUUAUAGCUCGGUGUGUAAGCUGGAACAGCAGGCGUGCCUGAGCAGCAAACAGCUGGCGGUGAGAUGCGAGGGCCCCUGCCCCUGCCCCACAGAGCAGGCUGCCACCUCCGCCGCUGAUGGGAAACCAGAGACCUGCACGGGCCAGGACCUGGCGGACCUGGGAGAUCGACUGCGGGACUGGUUCCAGCUCCUUCAUGAGAAUUCCAAGCAGAACGGCUCAGCCAGCAGCGCAGCCAGCCUGGCCAGUGGGCUGGACAAGAGCCUGGGGGCCAGCUGCAAGGACUCCAUCGGCUGGAUGUUCUCCAAGCUGGACACCAGCGCUGACCUCUUUCUGGACCAGAUGGAGCUGGCCGCCAUCAACCUGGACAAGUACGAGGUCUGCAUCCGCCCCUUCUUCAACUCCUGUGACACCUACAAGGAUGGCCGGGUCUCCACUGCCGAGUGGUGCUUCUGCUUCUGGAGGGAGAAGCCCCCCUGCUUGGCAGAGCUGGAGCGAGUCCAGAUCCAGGAGGCUGCCAAGAAGAAGCCAGGCAUCUUCAUCCCGAGCUGUGAUGAGGACGGCUACUACCGGAAGAUGCAGUGUGACCAGAGCAGCGGCGACUGCUGGUGUGUGGACCAGCUGGGCCUGGAGCUGACCGGCACCCGCACUCAUGGGAGCCCCGACUGCGAUGAUAUUGUGGGUUUCUCGGGGGACUUUGGGAGCGGUGUCGGCUGGGAGGACGAGGAGGAGAAGGAGACGGAGGAGGCAGGCGAGGAGGCCGAGGAGGAGGAAGGCGAGGCGGGCGAGGCAGACGACGGAGGCUACAUCUGGUAGAUGGCCCUCGGGAGCCGACGCCGGGGGGGACGAGCCAGCAGAGACCUGAGCAGAAGCAGGCAGCCUAGCGAACGGAUCCGGAAAGUGUGGUCAGAAGGACCCUGGCCCCAACCGGGAGGACUGGAAGUGUGAAUGUGCAUGGCACGCGAGUGCAUGUGCAGCUGGGACGGAUGAGUGCGUGUGCGUGCGUGUGUGUGUGUGUGUGCGCGUGCGUGCGUGUGUGUGUGUGUGUGUGUGCGUGCGUGUGACAUGCGCUGACAAUGUGUCCUUGACCCACACUGCUCCUGGCAGAGUGAGUCACCCAAAGGCCCCUUCGGCCUCCUUGUAGCUAUCUACUUCCCAUUUGUUGUUGGUUUUAAAAUACACACAUUCACACACACACACACACACA